AUUAAGUAUAUCUUUGGCAUAAUUCCGCAUCAUUUGAAAUGUACCUUUUGUUGACGUUUAUGUUUAGCUGAAAUAAUGGAUGACAAUCCACUGAGUUCUUUAAAGGAAGCUUUACAAGCAUGCGUAUCCAGUGGCAAUAAGAAAUCACCAGAGAAAUUGAAAGAAUUGGAACAGCAGCUGUAUAGAAAGUAUCUGACUGAAUGGCGCUCUGAACCGAAAGAAAACCAUUCGUCCUACGACGUAAUACCGAAGUUCUAUCGCAAGCUACCAAAGCAAGAUGAUGUUCUUGCGCAAAAGUUGAGAGAAGAAGCCAGAGCUGUGUUUCUACAACGAAGAGGCCGUCAGUUGUUGAACAGCAAUGAACUGAAGGCUCUGUGGGUCCUGCUGGAGAAUCAUCAUAGCCCACCCUUAUCAGAUGAUGAACAGUUAAUUAACUAUGAAGACUUUCUGAAAGUGGCAGAGAAGGGAGGACCAAAGUGCAAGCACUAUUUCACACCACGGGUAUUUGCUAAGUUGCAACAUGGAGAUCCCUAUUGUAGAAUCAACAUAAUGGUACUUUUCAACUACAUUAUGCGUAAAGUAUGGUACCACGAGACUCGCAUUGGUUUGUCUCUCUACGAUUUUGUGGGUCAGGGCUAUUUACGUGAGCUGGAUCUAGAAAAUUACAUCAUGGAGCUGAUACCUACACUCCCUCAGUUGGAUGGAUUGGAGAAAUCAUUCCAUAGUUUUUAUGUGUGUACAGCAGUUCGCAAGUUUCUCUUUUUCUUGGAUCCAUUGCGUACAGGCCGUGUACGAAUCCAAGACAUACUUGCAUGUAGCUUCCUUGAUGACUUGCUUGAGUUGCGUGAUGUGGACCUACCAAAGGACCUGCAAGAUAGCAACUGGUUUUCAGCUCCAUCAGCUUUACGUGUCUAUGGCCAGUACCUGAAUCUUGACAAGGAUCACAAUGGUAUGCUCAGUUGCAGUGAGCUUUCGGGGUAUGGCACUGGUACUCUAUCAAAGGUUUUCACGGAACGAGUAUUUCAAGAAUGUCUCACGUAUGAUGGUGAAAUGGAUUACAAGACAUACCUUGACUUUGUGCUGGCCAUGGAAAAUAGACAGGAACCACAAUCCCUGCAUUACCUCUUUAAAAUUCUUGAUGUACAUGGCAAAGGCUACUUAGAUGUAUUCACACUCAACUACUUCUUUCGGUCAAUACAAGAACAGAUGGUAGUACAUGGACAAGAGCCUGUCUCAUUUGAAGAUGUUAGUGAUGAAAUAUUUGACAUGGUCAAGCCCACCAAUCCAGCUAAAAUCACUCUUCAAGAUCUAAUAAACUGUGGUCAAGGUGAUACAGUAGUAAGCAUCCUGAUAGAUUUGAAUGAUUUCUGGACAUAUGAGAACAGGGAAGCCAUAUCUACUGAUACUAAUGAGGCAUCUGCAGAAGUGUAGUUUGCUGUGAGAUAACAUUAUAAUUAUUUUAUAACUUAUU